GCUAGCAUUCUAGUCCACCGUGGCUCUAUCUCCGUCCGGAGGCCGCGCAUCUCUUUUCUUCAUUAUUAUUUUCUACUCUGGAGUCUUUCUCUUUUCUCUAUCGGGCACAUCUGGUGGUCUGAUUUGAGGUCUCUCCUUUUGUGUUUGUUCCAAACUGUCGUCCUCCCCCGGGACGAUAUCAUACUCAAGGAGUCUAGUUUGGGUUAUCAACGGGCAGUCGACGAUAAUAGAUUUGAACAAUGUUUUUCUCCAAACCCGUUGACCUUGCUCGCGCAGAGGAGCUGCGACAGGAGCCUCCCAAGGGCACGCCCCAGAGUGUGGCCCUUCCUGGAACCGAGAAGCCCGGUCGAAGCAGGGUUUACCGUGCGUGGAACUGUCAGAAAGAGCUGCUUGAGACGCUAGAUCCAAAGAUCCGCACCGCUCAUGAUGUCUUUGAAACGUCGGCAAACCGAUAUCCCAAGAAUGACUGUCUAGGCUGGAGAUCCUACAACCCCGCCACCAAGACGUUCGGUCCCUACCAGUGGAUUGACUACCAGACCGUUCAGCGACGACGAGCGCACUUCGGCUCUGGUCUGGUGGAACUUCAUGAGAGACAUGGAUGUCCGGGAGGCAAGCAUGGUGUUGGACUGUGGUGCCAGAACCGCCCGGAGUGGCAGAUUACGGACCUGGCGUGCAUGUCGCAAAGCCUCUACUCCGUGUCCAUAUAUGACGUCCUGGGCAAGGAGGCAACCGAGUACAUCAUCAACCACGCGGAGCUGAGCUGCGUGGUGGCCUCGCUGCCGCAUAUCCCGACCCUCCUGCAACUGAGGCCCAAGCUGCCCAAUCUCAAGAUCAUCGUCAGUUUGGAUCCAGUAGAUGCGGGCGAGCAGCCCGGACAGUCGAAGCGCGAUAUCCUCAAGGCCAUCGCGGGAGACCAUGACGUUACUAUCUACACCAUUGAUGAAGUGGAAGCGCUGGGCGCUUCCGUGAACCGCCCCUACAAUCCUCCUUCUCCGGAGGAUAUCGUGACCAUCAACUACACCUCUGGCACCACGGGUCCACCAAAGGGUGUGGUUCUCACACACAAGAACGCCGUGGCAGCAGCUUCUAGUGCCUUGUCGGUGAUGGAACAUUCCCCCGGUGAUACCAUGGCUUCCUACCUGCCACUCGCGCACAUCUACGAGCGUCUGUCGGAGCAGGGCUUUCUGUGGGCCGGUGGCAGAAUCGGCUAUUUCCACGGUGCUAUCCAGGAGCUCGUCGACGACCUGAAGGUCUUGAAGCCCACCGGUUUCGUCUCAGUUCCCCGUCUGUACACUCGCUUUGGAAACGUCAUCCGCGGCGCCACGGUCGAACAGUCCGGCUUCAAGGGUGCUCUGUCGCGGCAUGUUCUGGCCACGAAGACGGCCAACCUGGAGACCAAGGGGACCUUCAAGCAUGCCUUUUACGACCGCAUUUGGGGCCGCAAGGUUGCCUCGGCAUUGGGACUGGAUAAGGCUAAGGUCAUGGUUUCUGGUUCUGCGCCGCUGGAUCCCGCCCUACACAGCUUCCUGAGGGUUGUGUUCGGCAUCGAUCUCAUCCAGGGCUACGGUCUGACUGAGACAUACGCCGUUACCACUGUCCAGUAUCCCAGCGAUCUGACCAGCGGAAACUGCGGCCGUCUGGCCCCCAGUGUGGAAGCAUGCCUGAUGUCGCUUCCUGACAUGGAUUAUUCCGUCGAUGACAAGCCAUACCCGCGAGGUGAGCUGCUGAUCAGGGGCAACACGCUCUUCCGGGAGUACUUCAAGAACCCCGAAGAGACUGCCGCUGCCGUCACCGAGGACGGCUGGUUCCGCACAGGCGACGUGUGCAGCAUUGACGAGAUGGGCCGUUUCAAGAUCAUCGACCGUCGGAAGAACGUGCUGAAGCUGGCCCAGGGUGAGUACGUAUCGCCGGAGCGCCUGGAGGGUGUAUAUAUGUCUCAGCUCGGAUACCUUGCCCAGGGCUACAUCCACGGCGACAGUCUGCAGACCUCGCUGGUGGCCAUCUUUGGCGUGCAGCCCGACGCGUUUGCCGGCUAUGCCAGCAAGAUCUUGGGCAGGAACAUCAGUCCGACGGACAUCGAAGCCAUCAGGGCCGUACUUGGCGAGGACAAGAUCCGCAAGGCGGUGCUGAAGGAUCUGGAUCAGAUUGCGAAGAAGCAGAAGCUGGCUGGUUACGAGCGGGUGCGGAACUGCGCUUUGAUGUUGGAUCCGUUUACCGUCGAGAACGAGCUGUUGACGCCGACACUGAAGAUGAAGCGUCCCCCGGCGGCAAAGAAGUACCGCUCUGUCCUGGACGAUCUGUACGCCCAGCUAGCAGAGGAAGAGGCCGCUCCCAAGGCCAAGUUGUGAUUCAUAUAUAUAUAUACGACACACGACACACUGACACUUCACGCCCGUUUUCUUCACUGCGUUAUUCAUGCAUUAUAGGCGCCU